UAUUACAUUCCCAACACAUAAACAAACAAAUAUAUACACUAAUACUAAAAAUGGAGAAGAAGAGUGAUUCCACCACUUCUUCUUUGGGUGGGCCAGGAGGCCUCGACUUAUCAGAGGCCUUCUUUAGGCCCAUCCAAAACGCUACACCCCCUUCUACCACCAAAAGCAACAUCAAAAUCUCAAUUAUUGGAGCUGGCAAUGUUGGCAUGGCCAUAGCCCAAACCAUCCUUACCCAAGACCUAGCCGACGAGCUUGUCUUGGUUGACACCAAUCCAGACAAGCUCCGAGGUGAGAUGCUAGACCUGCAGCACGCUGCAGCCUUCCUACCUCGAACCAAGAUUCUCUCUUCAACCGACUACUCCAUCACAAGCGGCUCUGAUCUUUGCAUAGUCACUGCAGGCGCUCGCCAGAUCCCUGACGAGUCUAGAUUGAAUCUACUCCAUAGGAACAUAUCUUUGUUCCGACACAUCAUACAUCCGCUCGCCAAAUUCUCACCCGAAACAAUCCUCCUAAUCGUCUCCAACCCCGUCGAUGUUCUAACAUACGCCUCUUGGAAAUUAUCAGGGUUCCCACCAAAUCGCGUGAUUGGUUCGGGCACGAAUCUCGACUCAUCAAGAUUCAGAUUCCUCAUAGCUGAUCAUCUAGAUGUUAACGCUCAAGAUGUACAGGCUUAUAUAAUAGGAGAGCAUGGAGAUGGCUCUGUGGCAUUGUGGUCGAGCAUAAGCGUGGGAGGAGUACCAAUUUUGAAGCUCUUAGAAAAGGAGCAAAUUAGUUACGAAAAGGAAACUUUAGAGAAUAUUCACAAACAAGUGAUUGAAAGUGCUUAUGAGGUUAUAAAUCUUAAAGAGUACACUUCUUGGGCAAUAGGAUACUCUGUGGCUAAUCUUGCUCGAACCAUAGUAAGAGAACAGAGGAAAAUUCACCCUGUUUCGGUGCUCGCCACGGGGCUCCACGGCAUUGGGAAAGAAUUGUUCUUGAGCUUGCCGGCUUUGUUGGGCAGAGGUGGGGUGUUGGGUGUCACUAAUGUGCAUCUGUCUGAGGAAGAGGAGUACAAGCUUAAGGAAUCUGCUGAAACACUUGUCAAAGUUCAGUCUCUACUUGGAAUAUGAACAUGUUUUUCUGUGUUUUAUUAUAUAUAUUAAUGUUGUUGAAUUA